UUUUGCACGGAUGAUAUAUAUACCGGUGUGCAUCCCGCCGCUGUACGUAGUUUAUAGUUUUUUCUCCAAGCAAUGAAGCCCCUGUUGAACGAGAAAGGCGAACCGUACUCAGAGGUUCUGGAGUAUGAUGGGUAUUACUUCCCAAACCAGUUAGGACAACAAAGGAAUGUCAAUGUCCCAGACUUCUUGGCCGGUCUUAAUGAACUCACUUUUAAAGGUGACGAAGUGUGCAUCGUUUCCUAUCCAAAGUCAGGAACACACUGGACUUAUGAGAUCUGUAAUAUGCUUAAGAGUGGGCGCUCAGAGUUCCUAGAUACCAUGAUAAUAAUCUUUGAUUACAGUUCAAGGGAAGCACUGGAACUCAUGCAGAGCAACACUGGUGUCUAUACGUCACAUUUCUAUCCAAGACACCUACCAAAACAGUUUAUACAGACAAGUUGCAAAAUUAUCCACGUAUACCGGAAUCCAAAAGAUGUUGCUGUGUCAUAUUAUAACUUUAUUAAAAGUCUAAAGCUAAAUACUCAGGACAUGGGAUUCUCUGAAUUUCUAAGACAUUUUAUCAAUGGAAACAUUCCUUGCGGAGGCUGGGUGAAUUGGAUAGAAGAAUGGACGACAUUUAGAAAAGAAAAUCCCGACUAUCCGCUUCUAGAGAUAUCAUAUGAAGAUAUGAAAGCAAAUCUGAAGGAAAGUGUGGGGAGAAUUUCGGAUUUUCUUGGUCUUGAUUCCUCACCUGAUUUAAUUGAGGGCAUAGCAAGAUAAUGCGAUUUCAAUGUCAUGUCGGCAUAUAAAAAUGCGCAUGUUCCAGACAGGGUGAAAGAUAUAUCAGUCUUGGAAAAUAAGCAUAUUUUCUACAGAAAAGGGAUGGUAGGGGACUGGAAGAACCAUUUCACAGUAGCUGAAAACGAGGCUUUUGAUAAGUCGAUGGAAGCCAUACUUCCUAAACUAGGAUUGAAAAUGCCCAACAAACUGUGAAUAAACGUACACUGAAAGCAAAUAUUAUACGCUCUGAGUAUUUGUCAGAGAAUAAUUUAAAUGGUGCCAUUUGUAUAGUAAAAAGGGAAAACAGUACAAAAUUUUUAUAUACUAGUAUUGUAUAUGUCUUUUUCUGAAAUACAUGUACCAAAGUUAGCAUUAAAUGCUUGAAGUAUGAAGAAUGUAUGUUGUAGAUUAUGCAACAAACCCUUGAACGUUUAUUUGUAUUAA